CGAGGUUGGGAAAAGAAACUUCGAGAGCUCGUGUUCUCGAUCCCACCUCGGUCUCGCCGACGAUGGCGUCCGCUGUCAAAUCCCUCGUGCGAUCGUUCAAGAGGUACUUUAAGAAGCCAUGGGAGAUCACCGGGCCCUGCUCCGAUCCCGAGUACCGGAGCGCCCUCCCCAUGGCCACCGAGUACCGCCGCUUCUGCCCCGCCACCGCUCCCGCCAAGGCCUGCAUCCCUACCUGCGAGCCCGAGACCGUGUUCGAUAUCAAGUACUACACGCGUGAUCGCCGCCGUAACCGCCCCCCCGUCCGCCGGACCGUCAUUAGGAAGGCCGACGUUGAGCGGAUCAUGACCGCCAAGACCUUCGGUCCCGACGAUUUCCCCAAGGUCUACCUCACAGAAAGGGUGGAGGAGGACUACGACGCUCGCGGCGGCGGGUACCAGAAAUAAAUGCAGAACUAUUGAAGUUAAGAGUUGUCGUUUGGAUAAAAUUCCGUGUAUGCAAUACUUUGUUGAUUGAAUACAUGGAAUUCAACAAACAGCUCCCUCUGAGUGUCAAUAGGAACUCGCGAAUUCAAGUCAGACGAAUCAUAUGCGCGCAUAAACGACGACUCUUAUGGAUGGAAGAAAGCAUCAUAUGGCGAUGGGGAAACUUGUUUCGCUUCAAUUGUCACUUGUCCUUUACAUAUACUUUUUCUUCGAUUUGCCGGCAUAGGAAGAUAAUUCUUUCUUUCAGUAUCCUGCUUCGCAUUUACAGGGACAGAAACAAUGAUAAGAUAUGCUUGCGAAGGAAAUCGAUGAGAUUGGAACGACACAAAAAAAAAAAAAAAAAAAAAAACAGAGGAGGACCUCUCACAAGGAUCACAGGAUCGUGCAUGUGAUACGAGGUAAUGGAACAUCGGUGUCAACAUAUACCAUCUAUAUAUAUAGUCGUCCAUGUUUGUGGAGAGCAAAUAGAUAUUUGAGUAAUCUUUGGUUCCUUUGUUCUUCUUUGAUUGUACCAUAUAUAUAGUUCAGGAAGUUUGUACUCUUGAUGCUAAUUUUGUGUUUUCUUUUACCUUCUUUUGGUAUCAACCAAGGAAAAUAGAGAUCAGUUUCUUGGCUGUGUUC